AUGCAAUUCCCACAUAACACGAAUCUAUAUUAUAUUGUUCAGAAUACGCCUACGGUCAAAAUACCCCUGGACGAUAUAUCUGAUCUCAUGUUAAAACUGUCACCAUCCAUAGAAGACAUAUUCAUAAAAUGCUUUUGGAGAGGCGUAUCGUACAAAUGCAGGGAUAUCCUGCGGUUUCAACGUACCGAAGAAGGGUUUUGUUAUUCAUUUAACAGCCAAACGGCCGAGAGGAGUACAAAUGACGAAAGCAAUAUUAACCCACCGUUUGUUGGACCAGAUGGGAUACUCAUUCCACUUCGAAACAAUGCGGCGGGCAAAGAGACUGGAUUAAAAUUAAUCAUGAGCAACAUGAGCAGCGAAUUUUUCCCUACAGACAAUCGAAGGAGAGGCUUUAACGUGAUGAUACAUCCUAACGAUGGCUUUCCGGACGUGGCUACUGCCUACAAGAUUCACGCGGUACGCGAUCGCAUCACACGGAUAUCGGUUAGCGUUGCCCAGGUGGAGGCGGACGAAUCGCUCGACCGUCUUGACAUUCGGAACAGCCAGUGUUAUUUGUACAGAGCUAAGGCGAAGAACCUUAACUCACUGUUUCACAAGAGCAGCAAUGAGGACACGUGUUUCAUCAAGUGUAGGAUGAGGGCCAUCUACCAGGCGUGCAACUGUACCCAGUACUUUUUCAAAUUGUACAAAGGUCUCGGAACCCAUUGUGGAAUUGAACACAUACCUUGUUUGAUUGAGAACGAUAUACUUCAACGCAAUCCCAAAAUCCCGGAAGACGAACCAGGAUUUCCCAGAUGGAGUAUACCAUUUUCCAUGAAUUGCAGUUGCAGACCACCUUGUUCGUUUACCACGUAUACGACCGAGCUCCGGUAUGAAUUUAGACAAUUUAUCAAUAAAGAGCCGUCGUCCUCGAGAUACGAUGUAUUCCUAGAAGUUAAUUACAGAGAAUUGUUUGCUACAAGCUAUCGUCGAUCCAUGAGAUAUACCACUCAAGAUUUGUUGGUGUCUUUUGGUGGAGUGGCCAGUCUGUUUCUCGGUUGUAGUCUGGUCAGUAUAGUGGAAAUACUUUACGUCAUAUAUAAGUCAUUCUUGGUGAUUGUGCGAAAUCAAUACAACAACUACAAGUUAAACAACAAUCCAGCUUGGCCAGAUGCAACUGCGAUAUAA